AUGGCGUCUCCAUCCUCCUCUCAAGCGGCUUCACCAUUGCCUGUAGGUGCGGAUGCGCCCAGGCCGAAGCGAUCGAAGCCUACCAACACUCGUUCUCGAGCCUCCCUGGCUUGUCACAACUGCCGUCAACGCAAGAUAAAAGUGAGAUGCUACUUGUGCCUGUGUGCUGCUGCAUCGGCCCUCAUUGACCGCAUACUAAAUGGCUUCAGUGCGACGUUCAAAACCUCCCUGCUGGGUCCAAAUGUGCAGCAUGUCGCAACUCCAACUUUGACUGUCGAGUCAACAAAUUCUCAGACCGCAGGAACUCGCUUUCUCAGACAUGGUUCUCGCGAACACCUUGCGGCGCUUCAGGACCAGAUACGCUCACUGGAGGCCCUGGUGCGUAGGACGGUGCCCACGACAGACGACACGAUGACAGUGUUCGAACCUCCUCAUCAUACAGAGAAGCCCAUCAUCUCUUCGCCCUCCACCGUCAUCAGUGCUCCCAGCUUUCUCAACAAUCCAAACCUACUACUCGGCGGCAAUCUCACAGCUGUUGGUCCAGAACUGUCGCAUUUUGACGACGUCAUGCACUCUCAUGGCGAUGACGGUCGUGUCGCCCAAGAACGAACCAUGACUGCCGAUCAAGGCGUAGAGCAGCACAAUCAACCGAUGGCAUGUGUUGUUGCCCACUCCAGUGGCGAUAGCUUCCCUCAGCAAGCUGCACCUAACGAUGGUGGAAUCAACGCCAUGAGUUCCCAUGAGUUUUCGCAUUCAGGACAUCAGGUCACGCCGCAGAAUGCAUUCGAUGCAGUGCAAGCACGAUCCCACAUGAGCACCGCCAGUGGAGGCAAUCAAGAUAACGCUCAUAAGACAACUGGCGUCGCAUCGUCUCUCAAUGGGGAAAGCAGUUCAGUGCAAGGGGAUGUAUUCUACGGUCCAACUUGUAACUUGCACGUAUCAUCCCCGUCAAAUGUGGUACGAAGUCUGCCUCGAACUAUUCUCUCUGGUCCAGAGGUACAUAUCGACAUAGAUUCUCUUCGACUGAAGAACAUGCUCCUCAACAACUAUUGCAACUUCCAGACUCUGUCCGUCAGCGUCAUCCACCGCGAAAGCUUCCUAUCACACCGCGACCGUGGUUUGAGAUCGCAGCACUAUUCUGUAUUUUUGGAGAACUCGGUCCUGGCAUGCGCCGCUCGACUGAGCACCUCCGCCGCCGUGCGCAGCCUAGCCCCGAGCUAUGCUAAACGAGCCAAAUCCGAGAUAGUCAUGGAGCUGGAGGACGCAAACAUGGCGACGCUGAGGGGAAUGCUGACUUUGAGUGACUUUGAGAUGAGCGAAGGACGUGAUCGAGUCGGUUGGAUGUAUUGUGGUGAGUCUUUCGCCGUGAUUAUUUUUCCGUCUACAAUGCUUCAUCGUCACCAGACUGACGGUCCGCGCGCGCCUGUCGCAGGUAUUGCUUGUCGACUUAUUUUCGAUCUUGGCCUCCACAAAGGAUGGACGGUAGAUGGUCAGAAUCGCGCCAUAGAUCACAAUCUGGAAGACGACUUCAGCUCCGUUGCAUUAGGAUGCUUGGUGUACGAGACCCUCUGGAGUUUUUACCUCGGACGACCCGCUCACAUAGCACUCUCAAACUUAUCCAUCCCACUACCUGCUGCUAAUAUCUUUGAGAGUCCGACACUGAAAGCUUGGUUUGAGUUGAGCCUUCCAAUGUCCGAGAUUACACUGAUCUUGAACGGACCCUCGACUACGAUGCACUCGGGAAGCAUCAAUAGACUCUGGGAACUCCACGAACAUCUGACCCGGUGGUCUACAUCCCUCCCCGCAGAUAUUGCUCUGGACAGCAGCAAGAUAUCCGCAUUGGACCAAGCCGCAUACGGACUUCACAUGCAAUACCUUCGGGUUCAGAUGUUGUUGCAUUCCAUUUCACAAUCCAACCAUAAAUGGAGUAAACAAGGUGAUGACCAAGAAGAAUCCGAGCAGCAACAACCAGCAUCGGAGUCAAUAGUGAUGGGCAGUUGGACCUUCGAAUCUUCCCGACGACUGGUACAUUUGAACGCGAUCAAGAUUGCCCAGCUGGGGGCCACCUACAGACAGAUAUACGGCGUGGAAAACACCCCCUCGGUCAUGCUGGACACCCUGUACGUUGCGGCGGCCACGUUGACCUCGUCGGCCCUGCUGGCGUCGGAGAGCUCGACCGUGGACGAGAACGACAUAUUCUGGCUCCGGACACUCGACGAGAUGAUGAAAGAUUUGCAGGCCCACUUCAGCAUCACCGCAAGGAUGAGGAGCACUCUGGCCCGGGCGGCGAAAAGCUGUGCGUGGCUGGCGGACGUCUUUACGGACGACGUGCAUAUCCCAUCGGGCAUAGAUGACAACAUCAACGGCGAAGAUGUCUCCUCCUUUGCAGGGCCAUCCCACGGAGCCUGGGGGACCAUGCAAGCCGCCGUGAAUGACUUCAUCUUUGAUCCUAACCUUCUCAGUUACGUCGACUUUGGGAUGCUAGAUGAUGAUGGAGAAUAG